GUCCGCGAGCGACAUGACGCCGCGCCCCGCGUUGCUGCUGCUGCUGCUGCCAGCGCUGCUGCUCGGGGGGGUCCCGCCGGCCGCCGCUGCCCGAGGCCCCCCGAGGAUGUCCGACAAGGUGGUCCCGCGGCAGGUGGCUCGGCUGGGCCGCACCCUGCGGCUGCAGUGCCCAGUGGAGGGGGACCCGCCGCCGCUGACCAUGUGGACCAAGGACGGACGCACCAUCCACGGUGGUUGGAACCGCUUCCGCGUGCUGCCCCAGGGGCUUCGGGUGAAGGAGGUGGAGCGUGACGACGCUGGCAGCUAUGUGUGCAAGGCCACCAAUGGCUUCGGCAGCCUCACGGUCAACUAUACCCUCGUCGUUCUGGACGAUGCCAGCCCAGGAAGGGGGCACUCCAGACACGACGGCCCUUCGGGUGGACAGGAGGAUGCAACGAGUGCACAGUGGGCACGGCCUCGCUUCACGCAGCCCUCCAAGAUGAGGCGCCGAGUGAUCGCGCGACCAGUCGGUAGCUCCGUGCGGCUCAAGUGUGCGGCCAGCGGGCAUCCGCGACCCGACAUCAUGUGGCUGAAGGACGAACAGGCCUUGACCCGUCCAGAAACUAGUGAGCACAGGAGGAAGAAGUGGACCCUGAGCCUUAAGAACCUGCGUCCUGAAGACAGCGGGAAGUACACGUGCAGAGUGUCCAACCGGGCUGGCGCCAUCAAUGCCACCUACAAGGUGGAUGUUAUCCAGAGGACGCGCUCCAAGCCUGUCCUCACGGGCACGCACCCCGUGAACACGACAGUCGACUUUGGAGGCACCACAUCUUUCCAGUGCAAAGUGCGGAGUGACGUGAAGCCGGUGAUUCAGUGGCUGAAGCGUGUGGAGUACGGGGCUGAGGGCCGCUACAACUCCACCAUUGACGUGGGCGGCCAGAAGUUUGUGGUGCUGCCCACUGGUGACGUGUGGUCACGGCCUGAUGGCUCCUACCUCAACAAGCUGCUUAUCGCACGCGCCCGCCAGGACGAUGCAGGCAUGUACAUCUGCCUGGGUGCCAACACCAUGGGCUACAGCUUCCGCAGUGCCUUCCUCACUGUGCUGCCAGACCCAAAGCCACCAGGACCCGCUGUGGCCCCCUCACCCUCCAUCACUAGCCUGCCAUGGCCCGUGGUCAUCGGCAUCCCUGCUGGCGCCGUCUUCAUCCUGGGCACCGUGCUGCUGUGGUUCUACCAGGUAAAGAAGAAGCCCUGCACACCUGCGCCUGUGCACCGCCCACCUGCGGCCCCCCGCACCCGGGCUGGGGACAAGGACCUGCCAGUGCCACCUGCGGGGGGCCUGUGUGAGGAGCUGGCGUCCCCAGUGGCCCCCCAGCACCUCCUAGGCCCGGGCUCACCUACAGGCCCCAAGCUGUACCCCAAACUCUACACAGACGUGCACACACACACACACUCGCACACACACACGCACUCACAUGUGGAGGGGAAGGGGCCGCAGCACCUGCACAUCCACUACCAGUGCUAGGGGGUCUUGGGUCUCUCCGCUCCAGGACACACCCAGCUUGGAGGGUGGCCAGCACCCAGGGGCCCUGGGUGAGGCAUCCAUGUGGGAGGACACACCUCUAGGUACCAGGACACUGCAGGUGUGUGCAUAGCAAUAGACACCCCAGUAUGUACACAGUCACACCAGACUCCUCAUAUACAGACACCACAUCACACAGUCACUCUCAGACACACAGAUACUGCCUCACACACAGACAUUCCACCACACACUCACACAUGACACCCCAUCACACACACUCACACAUGGACACCCCAUCACACACACUCACACAUGAACACCCCGUCACACACACUCACACACACUCACACAUGGAUACUGUCACACACACCACACAUGGACACCCCAUCACACACACGGACAUUGUCAUACACACUCACACGUAGACACCCCAUCACACUCACACAUGGACCCCCAUUACACACAGUCACACAUGGAUACCCCACCACACACACAUGGACACUGUGUCACACGCAUAGCCCCUGGCCCAGGUGCCUGGGUGCAGCCCGCGGCACAGAUCCAUGUUGAAGGUUUUGCAGUGUGCAUGUAGUGGUGCACAACGCCAUGAAGGAAGCCCAGGCCUCAGGAGGGUGGGUGUGGGGGCCUCUCACCCCUCCUAUAGAAGGCCAGAGAAGCACUCAGCUGAGAAAGUCUGGAUCUGCACCCCCAUCUUCAAUGGGCAGUGCUGUUCCUGCCACCCAACCCAGGAACCCUGGGUGUGUGGUGCGACCUUGAAGCUGGAGGUGGUGAAGGUUGACCCCCACUGCCAGACAGAGGGGCCCUUGAUAUUUAUAUGUAAGAAAUAAAGAUAAUAAUAUUAAUGAUGGGGGGGCUGGUCCACAGACUGGCCUCCCCAGGACCCCAGACCCUCCUGGCCCUGUGGCCGUGCUGGACAUCCGGGGUCCACACCGCUGUAAUUUUAUAGAGUUUGAGCUGAAGCUUCGUUUAUUUAAUUUAUUUUGUUAAACAAGAAGUGCAUCCUUUCC